UGAAGAAAAUAGAUCAGUCUAUCCCCUCUCUCUCUCUCUCCGGCAUCUAGUCCAGUCCCCAGUGCACACAAACUCAAAGCAACUAAAGCUAUGUACAUGUCCGAGAAACCUCAACCCAUCGAUUUCUACAAAGCGGAGGCCUCCGCUUCCGCUCCCGCCGAUCACCACCAUCACCACCACCACCACCACCAAAUGAUGGAAGUCGCCGCCGCUAAUGCACCGCUCCAACCUCACCACCGCCAGCCACUUCUCUUGCCUGGGGGUGGUAACGGCGGCGACGCCAAUAGCAGCGGCGGAGAGGACAACACCGCCAUCAACCCCUCACCCGACUUGAGGGCUCCCAAGAAACGGGCCGAGACAUGGGUUCAAGAGGAGACCCUGGCACUGAUCAGCCUCCGGAGAGAAAUUGACUCUCUCUUCAACACCUCUAAAUCUAACAAGCACCUUUGGGAUCGAAUCUCCAUGAAGAUGAGGGAGAAGGGGUUCGAUCGAUCGCCCACUAUGUGCACUGAUAAGUGGAGGAACUUGCUCAAAGAAUUCAAGAAGGCUAAGCAGAACCAGGAAAGAAAUGGGUCUGCUAAGAUGUCUUAUUACAAAGAGAUUGAGGAGAUUCUCAACGAGAGAAACAAGAAUGGCAGUGGUGGACACAAGAGCCCUUCUGCUCCCAAAGUUGAUUCCUUUAUGCAUUUCUCCGAAAAGGGCCUUGAUGAUACCAAUAUUACAUUUGGGCCAGUUGAAGAUAGUGGCAGGCCAACACUCAACCUUGAGCGGCGGUUAGAUCAUGAUGGGCAUCCUCUUGCCAUUACCGCUGCUGAUGCUGUCACCGCAAGUGGAGUGUCACCUUGGAAUUGGAGGGGGACUCCUGGAAAUGGUGAUCAGGGCAACGUCUUUGAGGGCAGAGUGAUUUCAGUCAGGUGGGGGGAUUACACAAAGAGGUUUGGUAUUGAUGGCAGUCCAGAGGCCAUCAAAGAAGCAAUUAAAUCUACUUUUGGAUUGAGGACAAAGCGCGCUUUCUGGCUGGAAGAUGAAGACAACAUUGUUCGAGCACUUGAUCGGGACAUGCCUUUGGGGAACUACACUUUGCAUGUUGAUGAAGGUCUGACUGUAAAAAUAUGUCUGUAUGAGGAGGCAGAAGAUGUGGCAUUUCCUAGUGAGGAAAAGACUUUCUACAGCGAGGACGACUUCCGUGACUUCUUGUCUCGCCGUGGGUGGACGUGUUUACGAGACAAUUACCGAAACAUUGACAGCAUGGACGAGCUUUGCCCUGGUGCCAUAUACCGCGGUGUGCGUUAAUGGCGGGAAUUAGGGCGCUCUUUGGAGAAUUUUGAGUGUUGAAGAAAGAUGAUGUUUUUAACUGUGUAUUUAGGUUUGGGUAUUGGCAAUUGGCAAUUGGCAGGCAUGUUGUUGCUGGCUGGUAGCAAACUCCCCUAUUGCUGUCUGUAUGUAUAUAUAAAUAUACACACAUAGACAUAGUGUCAACUUUAAUAUUUUGGAUAUAUGUAAAGUUUGUUUGUGCCCUAAAUGGCUAAAUGUGAAUAGCCAUUGGCAAUCUUAAUAUUCAUCUAAUUAAGACCCCAA